UCAAAUGAAUAAUAAAGUAUCAUAUUUUGAUAUAGUGUUCUCAUGACCCAGAGGAAAUUUAUCUUCCAUUAUAAGAAUGUGCGCUGGGCCCGAGGGAGACACGAGACUUACCUUUGUUUUGUAGUAAAGAGACGCACCGGCCCCGAUUCCCUAUCCUUUGACUUCGGACACCUGCGCAAUCGCUCCGGCUGCCAUGUAGAGCUGCUCUUCUUACGUCACUUGGGUGCGUUGUGUCCGGGGCUGUGGGGCUCCAGUGUGGACGGUGCGAGAAUGUGUUACGCAGUGACCUGGUUCUGCUCCUGGUCGCCCUGCUCUAAAUGCGCUGAACAACUUGCCCACUUCCUGUCACAGACGCCCAAUCUGCGUCUGAGAAUCUUUGUGUCACGCCUUUACUUCUGUGAUGAAGAGGACAGCCAGGAGAGGGAAGGACUGCGACACCUGAAGAGGGCAGGGGUGCAGAUCUCUGUGAUGACUUAUAAAGACUAUUUCUACUGCUGGCAAACCUUUGUUGCACGGAGGGAGAGGAGUUUUAAAGCCUGGGAUGGCCUUCACGAAAACUCUGUCCGACUUGUUCGAAAACUUAAUCAGAUCCUGCAGCCCUGCGAGACUGAGGAUCUGAGGGAUGGUUUUGCUCUCCUUGGGCUAUGAUCACAAAUAUGAGACUUGCAAAUCAAUGAACACUGAGAAAUGAACUGAAUGGGAUGAAGAGAAAUGGUGCUGUGUGACCUGAGACUUGAAUCCUUUGACUUGAAUCUGACUUAAUACUUAUCUUGUACUGUAUUGUAUGUAGCAUUAAUGUGAUUAUGUUGGAUGCCAAAAUAAAAGCAGUCCUUUAACAA